AUGAGUUUCGUGUACAUUUCGAUCUGUAAAUGUAGGCUGAACACGCACUGAACUUUAAUCUACUCCUACUGUAGAAAUUACAAGCCCAAAGGUUAUUGUACCGUGUCCUUAUAUGCUUGCGUUGAUGCAAUCAUGUGAGGAAAGAAGGUGGCCAAAAAGGUGACAUUCUAAGAGUCCUGUCGGUACUCUAUCUAUAUUGACGGUGAAAUCGGGUGGGAGCUGUACAGCGAGAAAUCAUUUUCGCCAGUAAGAAGAGAAGGAUCGGGAUCCGAACAUGGCUGGAACUAAAGAACCUGUCCGGUGUUGGACCGGGGAGAUGUCAUCCCUCCUAGCCGAGGCUCCGGCACAUGUUGCCAAAACUUGCUACGAGUACGAUAAAACCAUCACGAGCUUUUUCUUUACCAAGAAGUGUAUUGAGCAGACCAAGAAUUUCAAACUCCGAUCAGAUGACGUGUUCAUUAUCACUUAUCCAAAGACAGGAACCACGUGGGCUCAACAAAUCAUGAUGCUGGUGCAAGUUGAAGCAGAUCUGUCCUUCUUCGAAGGGAAGCAUAUCUCCAAGUUGGUUCCAUUCUUGGAAUACCCUGAUCUACCGGAUUCUGGGGUGUACAAGACGGUGGCAGAGAUAAACACCGCACCAACAUGGGUUGAAGCUGCAGACGCAAUGCCAACCGAUACACCCAGAAUACUGAAAACACACGUGGUCCAAAGAUGGCUUCCUGAGGGACUCAAAGAAGACCCCCAGGCCAAGGUUGUGUACGUGGCUAGGAACCCGAAGGAUACGGCUGUUUCUUACUACCACUUCUGCCUGCUGGUCACAGAUCUUCCAAACUACACGUCGUGGGACGAGUUCUUUGAAGAGUUUAUUGCCGAUAGAGUUCCUGGCGGUUCGUGGUUUGACCACACCCUGUCCUGGUGGAAGCUCAGGAAUCAUUCGAAUGUUCUGUUUCUUACCUAUGAAGACAUGAAACAGGACUCAAGGAAAGCCGUAGUUCGGAUCGCCGAGUUCAUGGGAAAAUCUUUAUCAGACGACAUCAUUGACCGUAUCGUCGAUGCGUCAAGUUUCAAAUUCAUGAAGAAGAAUAAAAGCACCAACCCCGACGCCGCCUACGAGAACGAAAUGGACAACAAAAACAAUAAAUCAUUCAUGCGGAAAGGGGUGGUCGGAGAUUGGAAGAAUCACUUCUCAGAAGAUCAGAAUCGUCGAUUUGAUGAACUCUACCAAGAAAAGAUGGCAGGAUCUGGACUCGAAUUAAGAUUUGAAUAAUCACGAUCAGAGAUGGUGAUCCCGGGAAGCCCUUGUCAGGAAACUGUAAAGGAAAACUAAUGCCAAAGGGGGUAGCAGAUAAGGCUAAAUGUGACAGCAUGCCUUACGUUCUAAAAGGCCAACUAGAAGGCAAAAUUCCACUUAUCAUGAAUGGCAAAUCAAUUGCGACGCGCUCUCGCUUAACCUACUUUAUAUACUUAAAAUAUAUACUAUGAUGUUAUGACAAGAAAACACGGUACCUGAUCAUGAAUUCAUACUAACAUCAGUUAAAUCAUUCUGUUUGAAUUCAUUAUUGCGCUUUGAUUCACACAUUGGCAAGGCAUUAAAAACUACAUUUGUCACUCUCCAUCCAGGUGAAGUAAAUGGGUACCCGGUAGGAAAAUAUUCCUUGGAUGCUUUAGCGCCUUACUAUGGCAGCUCAGCUACAGCCGUGGUAAUAAUAUUAUGAUACUUUGGA